CCGCCCACACACACACACACACACACACACACACACACACAAAUCGCUCCAAAUCGCAGUAAAGGGUCCUCGUAUUCUGUGGACUGUGUUCCGGAAGUGGAUCAGGGAUCAGAGUGUGUAGCAGGAUGUAGCAUCUCAGCAUCUUGCAGUGGAUCCAACUGAUCUCCCAAACAAAGUCUGAAAUGGAUCUUCAGCAGGAGGCCACAGAGAGCAUGGCAGCUGCCAAACGUCAGAAGCAGUGCAGCGUGCUGGGCGCUCUGAGAAGACACUACUUGUUCAUAUACAGCUUGCUUGAGUUCCUGGGCUUCUCCUGGACCUUCAGCCUCCUGACAGCCAAUCUGAUACUGUAUGGCCAAGCUGCUUUGUACAAUGCGUUUAGCACCUGUGCUCCUGUGCUCUACGGCUGUCAGAUGUUGGCCGUACUGGAGGUGAUUAACGCCGCAGUUGGUCUUGUUAGGACUCCCGUCUUCCCCGCCAUGAUACAGGUGAUGGGGAGGAAUGUCAUCCUGUUUGUGGUUUUUGGCAGUCUGCCAGAGAUGCAGGAGCGCAGUGUGGUCUUCUGGGUUUUUUACCUGUGGAGCAUCUCCGAAGUCUUCAGGCUUGCGUUUCCGGUUCUGAAGCUCGAUGCCAAGUUCAGGAUGCUGAUUUGUCUUCGCCAUGCACUGCUGUAUCCCCUCACCACUCUGACAGAAGCUGUCGCUGUGCUCCAGUCUCUUCCUCUCUUCGAUCAGAGCAGACUCUUUAGUGUUCCACUCCCCGAGGCAGUGGGGUUCUCUAUCAGCUUCUCCUUCUCGCUUCGACUCUACCUCCUACUCAUGUUUUUUGGAUUUUUUAUAAACAUCAGACAUCUGGUGAUCCCAAGCAGAAGAUCCUUUCGACUGAAAUCACACACAGACUGAUGUUUACAUGAUUACUCUUGACAUAUAUUUAAAUGACAAGACUACACUCUCUGGCUUACUGCAAGUAUUUCCUGUAAAGGUGAUCUGCUUUACAUUUUGUAAUACAAUACAUUGCUUUUUACGUUUUGUAAGUUAUAUUAAUAAUUGGAUAAGUCAUGUAUUCUAUACAGAAUUGGUUUUAUAACCUUAUAGCAGCUAGCAGAGAUGAAACGAUUAAUGCAGUAGCCGUUUUAUUAUUAUUAUUGUUUGCUCUGUGCUCUCAGUAUCAGUGUUUUUUUUAUUUUUACAAUUGGUGCUUCCUUAAACAGUGUAAUAUUUUAUACAGGAUGGUAGAUUUAUGUACUUGUAUAAUUAAAAAGUAUUGCAAAAAAGGCACUGAUGCUGAAAAUUUCACUUGCAGGUUCAGAAUGGCUGUAAUUGAAGUUCCGUUUUUGACUAAUUUACAAAAGUACUGGUUAAUAAUAAACUGGAAGCUGGAUGUGGGAGUCAGAACGAGCUUGUACGGGACGAGUUAGAUCAUUACGAUGUGUCGCACGUUGUCGAAUGCUUUUUUUUUUUUUUUUUUUAAACAUUUAAAAAUCGCUAAGUGAAAACCUUUGUUUUGCAAAAGUUCCCCUGGACGCUAUAGCAAAAACGCUUUUUCCUGGGCGCCCAGGCUAGUGAUUUGUGACUUAUAAUAAAAUAUUAUUUAAAGAAUAGAGAAAAGGAUGUUUCUGAGCUAAAAACAACAAUAAGGCUCUCCUUGCAGUUUAUCAAGUCAUUUUUGCAGCACAAGCUUCGCCAUCGCUGUGACUUAAUCUCAGGUCAGUUUAUUCAGCUCUUUUAUGAAACUGUAUUCCGUGUGCAUGAAUCACUUCUUUUUUUCUUUUUUUUUGUUUCAAUUGUACAACCAGUUUGUACAACAUUCGUAUUAUAUGCACUGGUGUUCAUUAAUCUCAGACAGUUUUAACACCAAAAUAAUGAUCAUACAUUUUAUUAAUAGAAUACAAUGCCGGUGUGUGUAUUUAUUACAAGAUAUAAUAUAAUUUAUUUGUAAAACACAAGUUAUUGCAGCUUUAAUGUGGAAAAAUAAAAUGAGUUCUGUUUGGACAUUAA